GUUCUUCCUCUUCACUCGUUUCCAAUGAGGCCCUCUCCAGCCCGGUUGCUGAACAUUCUGGUGCCCGUCAAACGCGCAGUCGAUUAUGCAGUCAAGAUUCGCGUCAACCCGCAAAAGACGGGUAUUGAUACCAACGUCAAGCAUUCUAUGAACCCAUUCGACGAAAUUGCUGUCGAAGAAGCCGUCCGCCUGCGCGAGCGACUCAAGACAGAGGUCAAAUCAAUAAAAGUCAUAACCAUCGGCCCUCCUAAAUCGCUGGAUACUCUUCGUACGGCCCUAGCCAUGGGUGCGGACGCAGCGGUUCAUGUUCAGCAUGGCGAGGAAGGCAGCGCUGGGCCUGAGCCGUUGAGCGUGGCGAAGACCUUUAAGGCUUGGAUGGAGAAGCAGAAGGAAGGCGAGAAAAUCGAUAUGGUAAUCCUUGGAAAACAAGCCAUCGACGACGAUCUAGGCGUUACAGGCCAGAUGCUCGCGGGUUUGCUGGGCUGGAGUCAAGCCACAUUUGCAUCCAAAAUCGAAGUGGACGUAGAGAAGAAGCAGGCGUUGGUUACACGUGAAAUCGACGGUGGUUCAGAGGAACUCAGGUGCUCGUUGCCCAUUGUGAUUACCACCGACCUGAGACUCAACGAACCGCGGUACGCGUCUUUGCCUAACAUCAUGAAAGCGAAGAAAAAGCCCGUGGAAACGAUCACACCUGCAGACCUGGGAUUGGAUUAUACACCGCAAUUGGAGCUGCUCAAGGUGGAGGAACCGCCGAAGAGGGUUGGGGGCGGGAAGGUGGGAUCGGUGGAUGAGCUGUUAGAGAAGUUGAAGGAGGCAGGUAUUACGGCGGUGUGAGUUGUGAGUUUCAUGUAAUUCGGAUGGAUGGAACAGGACAAGAAUCUAGUCGAACUCCAC